CCACCACAUUAUCAAGCACAUCCCGUCAACAUAAUUUUCCCCCUCCAUCCCGUGCUGUCCGCCCCACUACAGGGCUGACGGCCAAGAUAUUUCCACCGCUGACACCAGCCCAAGGGGGGGCCCAUGGGCCUCGUUGUCGGGUCCUCUCCAGAGAACCGUACCUCCGUACACAGCCGCUUGCUGCUGUCUGGACCCAUUUAAUGCCUUUAGAACCCUGCUCCUGACGGACACUUGUCAGAACUAAAUGUGAAGCUUGCUCUCAGCUCUCAUUAUAUACAUUAGCAUGAGAAGUCGCUCAUCGGCUUUGCAGUUUGUCAACCGUGCUUAUGCCGCGUUUCUAAUCUUCCCAACGGACCACGAACGGAAGUUCGGCGCGUUCAAAUACCUAUGGUCGCAAAUUCAUCGGCGAUCGCUGUACCAAUCCGGCAAAUCCCGUUCGCAUCGUUGACGGCCUCAUGGUGAUGAGUCGAGACAGUGACAAUACGGCAGGCAGCCUUAGCCGGCAAGGUUCCGCGGCCUCGUCGCCUGAAGGUUCGGAAUCAAAGGCUGCCAAUCGGUCCAAGGCAAAUAUACGGGUUUCGUUAGCAUGCGUUCAGUGCCGAAGCAAGCACGUCAAAUGCGACGCCACACUACCCGCAUGUAAUCGCUGCCAGCAAGAAGACAAGCCUUGCUAUUAUGCAAAAUCAAGACGCGGCAUUCGCGAUCCCAAAAAACGGAGUUUAAUAUCGGACAAGCCACCAGCCACUUCAGCAGGGACCUUUUUAUCAACGCCGGGUCUCUCAUCUCAAGCACCAUCGGUCCAAUCCCUUAACGAUGUACCCAGCGGUUGGACUGUUCAUUCAACGCCAUCCACUACGAGUGUCUCACCUAAGAGCGAGAAGGAGUUAUUACUCGAUCUAUUCUACAGUUUUUUUCACCCUAGUUACCCGUGUCUUCCGCCCAAACGAGUCUUCUUUAACCAGGUAGAAACCGACCCGAAUUCUUACCACUUUUUGCUCGCAGUCGUCAACUAUUGCGGGUCGCUUUACACAACUCAAGUCCCAUCGGAUGACUUGAGAGAGGCAGCUUUUUCUGCAGCAUGUGGGUCGUUACCCUUCACAGUGCAGUCCGUGCAAGGGCUUCUCAUUCUGAGUAUUGCCGCUUUCGGAGAGAUGAAAUUUGAGCACCACGCUGGAUGGGCCAACAGAGCGGUCACAAUAGCCGUCGAACUCAGGAUGAACCAUAAAUCAUUCGCUGAUGGCACGUCCAAUCCUGUACUUGCGGAAAGCUACCGUAGAACAUGGUGGUGCUUAACUUUCCAAGACUCAACUCGAAACUUAUGCGAUGUAGGGUCUACACUCUCCAUCGCAGAUGUGGAUUCCGAUGUAGAUUUACCUUGUGAAGAAUGGGAAUAUGAAUCAGGGAUUAUACCUCAGCCUAUUUCUCAAUCACAAUACGAGACACAGGUCAACCUAGGACGCGCCGAUUUCUCUUCGAUGGCAUACCUCAUUGAUAUCUGUAAGAUUCAAACUGAUUUGGUCUUACCCUACAAUGAAGCCCCGGAAGACAAAAAGGCAGAGAUAUUCGAGCGAGCGGAUUCUCGAAUCUGCGAUUGGCUACGGCGCGUCCCCAAAUGGAAGAUGAAUUUAGUCGAUCCAGAUGGCAUGGUUGACGUGAUACUUUACCAUGGUCUUGCCAUUGCGCAUGAAAACAGACUGCGUCUUAGACAAUCGGCCCCGAGAAGUGGCCUCAAUAUUCGGGAAUACUUUCCCUUAGGCCCAGCGAAAGGCCCCGACCGUAAGGGGCAAAUUGUCAAAGGAUUUGGUUGGAGCUCUCACCCUAUUGACAUCCAGGCCGCCAAUGGAUAUUGUGACCUGUUCCGACAUCCCUUCCCAACAAUGAAUCUGCGCGCCGUAUUUGCGACCGGCACACUCCGAGUUUUGCUCGCUUAUUUGGAUGCCUGUGUUUUCCUUGGACUGGAUUCGCCAGUUUUUCGAGAACGAAUCAACAGGCUCGUACAAAUACUCACAACACAUGGGGAAACGUGGCCGCUUUCGCGUAAAAUUGCGGAUGACAUCAAAAUGGUCGCAAAGGAAUACCUGACUCCACGAAUAAGUCGGAGUUGGCGACCGGGUAUCUCAGAAUCUGAAGCAUGGGCUGCGGUUUCGAGCUCUCUCUUGAAUGAAACGCCAACUCUCGCUUCUGACUUCAGUUUUGAACCAUACCCACAGGUUUACCAAGUGGAAGGCUGGGCCGUCCAUGAUAACUGGCCAGCCAAUCUCAAUAUAUACCAACCAUGAAACAAGGCCGUCUACUCUUUGAAUGGGAAUGCAUAGCGGGGGAGGGUUAUCUUACUACAUGGCACCGGAAAUAAGGGAAUUUCCGGCGGUGUAACGAUGGGUAAGGGUCCGUAUACGACACGGAGGUGAUCUCUGUCCAGUCUAGGUGUAUUAUGAUAGGUUACACCUUGGAUAUUCAAAUGGAUGUCCCGUUAGGAAUCACGGGGGGAACGCGGGACUAGAGCAAGAUAAUGGUUGUAACCCUUUAUGAAUUUCUUAGUAGUAUGGAUACCAAACAUGCCUCGUACAAAUAUAAUAAACAUUGAUUGACGUUUGUUAUUUUCCUAA